AGUGGACUGCUCACUACCCGUUACCCAGCAACGAUAGGUAGUGACUUCCAUCUGAACUCGGGGUGACUGACAACCUUUCAAGUGGAAGAGCGCCUGCUGGUGCAUGGUCUACAAACCGGCAGGAAGAUACCAAGCUGGCACCGGGAGACGCGGUACCUUCCACAUUCACUUUCACUUCCGAUUCUUGGACCAACCCUUCCACCUUCCCCCCUCCUUCUCGCUCUCACUCGUGCCAUCAUCCAUCUCCCCCCGUCCGUCACCAUCCUACUUCCACACGGGUUAUCCAAAACAUCAACCUUCUACCAGCAAUACCGGCUUGACGACUAUAUUAAGACAACUUCUCUCUCGCCAAUUACCUCCUUGGUCUUUUGCCCACGAAGCCUUGUUUGACUCAUUCCGAGCGACUUAUUAUAACACACCAGAGAACCGAUCAAAAUGGCAUCCCGCGACCCUGGGGCCAGGGGGGCCACCGCCGGCCCGGCUCCCUCGCCCACACAGCAACCCUCCGGCACCCCGGACCCAGUAGCAAUUGUAGGCAUGUCCUGCCGCCUUCCUGGGGGUGUCGAGACACCAGGGGAUUUCUACCGCAUGAUGUGCCGCGGGCGGUCAGGUUGGUCCAAAGUUCCCAAAGACCGAUUCAACCAGGAAGCCUACAACCACCCGGAUCCGGACCACAAAGGGACAUUCAACUCGCAGGGCGGAUACUUCAUCAAGCAGGAUCUGAGCGGGUUCGACGCGGCGUUCUUUGAUGUCACAAGACGGGAGGCGGAGGCCAUGGACCCAGCCCAGCGCCUCCUAAUGGAAUGCACCUAUGAAGCCUUGGAGAGCGGCGGCAUACCACGCGAGCACAUUGCAGGCACCCGCACCGGCGUCUUCAUUGGUGGGAACUAUGGCGAGCACCGACUUUCACAUAUGCGGGAUCUCGACACGAUCCCCUCGUUCGAUGCAACCGGCAACCAACCAGCCUUCUUGUCCGGCCGAUUAGCGUACUACUUUAACUUGCACGGCCCGACCUUCACCGUUGACACGGCGUGCUCUUCAUCUUUGCACGCUCUGCAUCUUGCCGUCCAGUCCAUCAGAAACGGCGAGUGCGACGCGGCAGUGGUGGGAGCGAGCCAUCUUAUAACUCAACCGGAUGUAUGGGUGUCCAUGUCCAUGCUUCGUCUUUUUUCUGACGAAGGACGGACGUACGCCUUCGAUCAUAGGGCCAAGUCCGGCUACGCCCGCGGCGAGGGCUGUGCAGUAAUAGUUCUGAAACCCGUCGAAAAAGCAUUUAAAGACAACGACCACAUUUUCUCCGUCAUCAGCCACAGCGGGGUCUCCCACAAUGGUCGCACCGUCGGUAUCGUCGCCCCCUCCCCGGACGAGCAAGAACAGCUUUUGCGAGACGUCUUCACUGCCGCCAAGAUCGACCCGCGCGAGGUUGGCUUUUUCGAAGCCCACGGUACCGGCACGAAGAAGGGCGAUCCGAUCGAGGCCACAGCCAUAUACAAGGCCGUGGGCCGGUAUUUGUCCGCAGACGACCCACUGUAUAUCGGCAGCAGCAAACCAAAUGUGGGACAUCUUGAAUGCGCGAGCGGUCUGGUGUCGGUGAUCAAAGGGGUGCUCUCGCUUUACUACGGGUUCAUCCUCCCCAAUGCGGAUUUUGACAAGGAAAACCCGGAGAUUCCAUUCAAGGAAUGGAACAUGACGGUCGCCAAACAGCAGAAGCCAUGGCCGGCACACAAGAAGUAUGCAUGCGUCAACAACUUUGGGUUUUCCGGGAGCAAUUCGACGUGUAUCUUGGCUGGGCCACCAAUCCAUCGCAGGAUCGAGCUGGGCGAACACGGCGCGUACACGACUCCGAGGCUCUUUGUGCUGUCCGCCAACGAUGAGCAGGCGCUAAGGACGAGUAUCAAGGAACUGGGUAUCUGGUUGGAGCAGCAUGCCGAGCUGUAUCAGACUACCAUGCCGCGGAAUUUGGCGUAUACGCUCUGCCAGCGAAGGUCGCAUUUCCCGUGGCGGGUGGCCAUCGUUGAGUCGAUUUGUUCUGGUCUUGCGGGAUCGCUGAACGGACACGACCUCACUCCCAUGCGCGCUUCGUCAGAACAACCACGUCUGGCAUUCAUCUUCACCGGCCAGGGAGCGCAAUGGUAUGCCAUGGGCCGCGAGCUCUUGCAGACCCAUCCCCUUUACCUUAAGGCCAUCAAGCGAGCCGAUGAAGCUUUGCGGAAGGUGGGCGCUGAUUUCUCCAUUUACGAAGAACUCACGCGCGACAAGGAGACAACCAAAGUAGGGCAGGCGCACAUUUCUCAGCCCAUCUGUUCCGCUGUGCAGUUGGCCUUGGUAGACCUGCUGGACUCAUUCGGCAUCAAGCCCGGUGCUGUCACGGGCCACUCCUCCGGCGAGAUUGGUGCUGCGUACGCAGCUGGCGCGCUGACCUUUGAAGGGGCGAUGGAAGCCGCUUACUACCGCGGCCAGAUGAUCGUCGAGCUGAAGAAAGCGUACCCCGAACUCAGAGGCUCCAUGCUAGCCGUGGGCUCCGGAGCCGAAGAAUGCGCACCUCUUCUCCAGCAAAUCAACACCUCGGCAUCCAAAGCGGUAGUGGCCUGCGAAAACUCACCCUCUUCCACCACCAUAUCGGGCGACGAAUCCGCUAUCGACCGGGUCGCCGAGCUGUUCCAGAAGAAGGGCACCUUCAACCGUAAGCUGUUCGUCGACGUCGCCUACCACUCUCCGCACAUGGCCUUGAUUGCCGACAAAUACCUCCAAGCCGUCUCACACAUUCAGCCACCUGAAUCGCGCUCCUCUUCAACCGUCGAGUUCUACUCGUCCCUGCACGCCCGCCGCCUGUCCUCUCUGUCGGAGCUUGGGCCUUCUUACUGGGUCAACAACCUUACGCAGCCCGUCCGCUUUUCCACGGCGUUGCAACACCUCAUCUCCGGCUUCCGGCCGGAUAUCCUGCUUGAAGUUGGGCCCCAUGCGGCGUUGAAAGGUCCGAUAAUGCAAACCAUCAAGUCCCUCUCUUCUCCUUCACUCGGCACUUCCCCUUCUACCUCCACGCCGUCCACAGGGACUUUCCCCCCUGGCGUCGGCAACAUCGCUGCAGUGGCCACCAAGCUCACCUACCUCUCUGUUCUCGACCGCGCCAAGUCCGCCGCGCAAUCCGCCCUCGAAGCGACCGGUGCUCUUUUCACCCGGGGCUUUCAGGGGCUAAACUGGUUCAACAUCAACCACAACCGGGAGGAGUACGAGCGUCCGGACUUGGUAGCGGGGCUAUACAGCUACCCCUGGACUAGGCAGUCGUAUUGGGCCGAGAGCAGGAUUACAAGGCAGCAUCGGUUGAAGCCAUUCCCGAGACAUGAUUUGCUGGGCGUCCUGGCAGAUUGGAGUUCAGAUAUAGAGCCUACCUGGAGGAAUGUGUUGAGUGGAGGGGUCUUACCUUGGUUGAAGGACUAUGCUGUCCAAGGUCAGGGUCAAAGACGGAGGAUGGUCUUCCCAGUGUCGGGGUUUGUGGCCAUGGUGGUGGAAGCGGCGUGGCAGUUGCAUUUGAUGAGGCUAGAGGGGGAUGCAAGCAAGUUUGAGGUCAAAGACCUGAGGGUGGAGGAGCAGUUGUGGCUGGAGGAUGAGGAGAAGGAGUACGAGGUGCUGCUUACCAUCCGGCCUGGCGACGAUACUGGCCGGCGAGACUCGUUUCGAAUCACCUCGUUUGAGGAGAGUCGCGGGUGGCUUGAGCAUUGCACAGGUUUCGUCAAGGCUGACUCUACCUCGCCUGUCCGCCAGCCUCUCGGCUUGUCAAGGCCGCGGGCGCAGUCUCAUCCCAAAACUGUAACCUUCGGCGAGGACACUGUCACCUCCGCCUCUUCCGUAGACGGACAGUCCGACUCCGCAUCCGGUUCUUCAUCUCCAAAACCCGCUUCAUCCUCGGCCUCAGACAGUGGCUCCAUACACAUUGAUAAUACCACCGAAGCAGACGUGCCAGCCGCCCAGGCCCAAGGUUCAACAACCCCCGACACACCUGCCUGCUCCGGGCACAGCACCUCUGCCCCCGCUUCCCUGGACAAGAAGAAGCUCGAACAGAAGCUUGAGCAUGCGAGGGCCACACACCCGUACAAUCUGGAGCUUCACUCGAGCGAGACCAUCUACGGCCAUCUGGCUUCCUCCGUCGGUGCUCAAUACCCCAGCGGUUUCAAGACUUUGACGGAGGUGACAGCGAAUGAAAACACCGCUGCGGCUAACUGUGUGGUGAAAGAGACCAAAACGGAGAUGCCGUUGGGCUAUGAGACUGGGUACAGAAUUCAUCCAGCAGUAUUGGAUGAGCUGCUGCAGCUCCCUUUGUUGAGUUUGGGCGCCGGGGUGCAAGACAAGUCCACUGGAACGUCGUACUUGCCGGCAGCGAUCAGACACUUUACCAUCAGGUCGCGAUGGAAGAAGAAGCCCGGUCAGACCUUCUGCGCUCACUCUGGUGUAGAGAGCAGCAACAAGGGGCGUGAUGCAAGCUUCAUGAUCGAAGCCUUUACUUCCCCAGGCUCCACGACCGCGGCGAUCUCGAUCGCUGGGUUGCAGUUUGAGAGUCUGGAAGCUGAAAAGAAGGAAAGUGGUAGGCCAAGGGAGUUGUGCUUCCAGGUGAGAUGGGAGGAGUUCAAGACUGAAAACAGGCCCGACGCCGAUAACUGGGAUGAUAACAAGGCCGAUACACAAGAACCGGAGGACAAGUCCACUCCCAACAUAGCAAUCAUAACCGAAAUGCCCAAUCCCGAUACAUCUCCGCUGAUUAAAGCUGUCUAUAGCAAGAUUCAAAAGCAGACAGGAAAGCAGGCACGGAUCUCUUCCAUACAAAAGAUCACCGACUUCACCAAAUCAUCCUUCCUGGUUCUCUCCGAACUCGACCAACCCCUCGUCAGCUCCCUCACCAACAAGAACCCUGCUGCAGAAGAGCAACUGAACCAGAUCAAAAAACUAUUGACCACGUCGUCGGGACUGCUCUGGGUAACCCGCGGCGCAACCCGCUUCCCAACUUCCCCAAACUCCAACAUGGCUCUAGGUCUGUUGAGGACGGCGAGGAGUGAAGCUUCGGCGGUUGCUGCUGCAUUGGAUUUGGAUCCUGAAUCGAGACUUUCUGCUGAGCAGCAAGCCAACCUGAUUUUUCAGGCAUUCAGCCGAUCUGUCCUCUCCUCCUCUUCUGCCGCCCACGACGAGAACGAUCCCGAAAGCGCCGAGCUAGAAUUCGCCGAGGAGCAGGGCAAGCUGUACGUCCCAAGGCUGGAGCCUGAUCCGCAGCUCAAUCUUGAAAUCUCCCGCGAACUUGGUCCCUCCAUCCCAUACACCCAAUAUUUCCACCAAGACUCUCCCGAGCUCAACGGACUGAGGCAACUAGAGCUUGCACCCAGCCAUGGACCCAAGGGUAACCUGCAUCACCUCCACUUUGAAGACCGCCCAGAGACUGUCUUGAAAGACGACGAGGUAGAGAUUCUGGUAGCGGCAAGCGCGAUUACGCUUGAUGAUGUUGACUACAUCCAGCAUGACGCGUCCCAACACCACCACAUCGCGAGGGGCUGUUCCGGCACCAUCUCCCGUGUUGGCAGGGGGGUUCAUGAGGUCGCUGUGGGCGCCUGCGUCUGUGCCCUAGCGGAGGGCCGGUUCGGCACGCACGCCCGAGCAAAGGUAACCAGCGUGGUGCCGCUGAACAGCAACAUCACGCCCGAAGUAGGGGCCGGGAUUCCCGUUUAUAUCGCUCGCGCGUGGCGCGCCCUCGUCACUCUCGGUUGCGUACACAAAGGCACCAAACUGAUGAUUCAGCUGUCCGGGCCGACGAGCGUCGCUGCGGUGGAAAUUGCCAAAUCCUUGGGCGCAGAUACGUGGGUGUAUGUCACCAACGACGUCGAAGCCGAUGCGGCGCGGAAAAUGGGCUUUGCGGGAGAAAGGGUGUUGGAUGAGCGAAGCAUUUACAUCCGAAGAAAGCUGGAUGAAGCCACCGGCGGGACAGGGUUCGAGGUGAUCUUGACGGUGUCGGGGGGCAGAAAUAAUGGAGGCGAAAACGAAGCCUGGCAGUGCCUAGCUGACUUUGGCCGGUUGGUAGAGAUCAGGGCAUCGGGGACGCAGAGUUCGAGGCCGCAGUUGGGCGCUAACGCGACGUUUGUGAGCAUCGACAUGGUCAGCUUGACUGUGGGCAGGCCGCAGGAGAUGCAAGAGACUUUGGCGGCCGUCAUGCAAAAGCUGGAGAAGGGAGAGUUCCAGCCGCCGACCAAGACGCAUGUCUAUAAGGUGUCUGAACUAUCAGCGGCGCUGGAGUGGGUGAAAGGGGGCAUGACAGUGUAUCCCGUUGUGGUGGCUGCUGGAGAGAAAGAUCAGGUCAAAGCAACAUACCGCAAGUCGAGGGGUAUCUUCCGGAGAGAUGGUACUCAUAUCAUCAUUGGUGGCACCGGCGGCCUCGGUCGAUCGAUGGCCAAGUACAUGGCUGAGCAUGGUGCCCGGCACAUUGUCCUGCUGUCGAGAAGCGGCGGAGGAAGGGAGAUGGCUGAGCAGCUGGAGAAGGAGAUUGCUUGCCCUGAUCUGCACAUCCGGGUGGAGAAGUGCGACGCGAGCGAUGAAAGGCAAGUGCGCGAGUUGGCGAAAGACUGCGCUCGAGAGUUGCCCAGUAUUUGUGGUGUCAUACACGCCGCCAUGGUGUUGAGGCCAGCUAACAGAACCCAGGACGUCCUCCUCGAGAGCAUGUCCUUUUCCGACUUUACCCAAGUCAUCCGGCCCAAAUUUGCUGGAGCCUGGAACGUGCACAACGUGCUUUCAGAUACCGGUGCCAACCUUGACUACUUUGUUGUUCUCUCCUCGGCCGCUGGCAUCCUGGGUUCCCGUGGCCAGGGAGCCUACGCAGCAGCGAAUACGUUCCUCGACUCGUUUGUGCAAUAUCGUGUGCGCAACGGCCUCCCCGGCACCUCGCUCGACCUCACAGCCGUCACCGACGCCGGAUACCUCGCCGAGAACGCAGAGCGGCAGGACGACAUCAUGCGCAACUUUGGCAACGAGACCGUCUCGGAGCAAGAAGUGCUCGCCUUGUUGUCUGCCGCGGUCCGCGGGGUCAGCCCGGCCCAAGUCCUCACCGGGCUCACGCUACACGUUCAGGCGGAUGGGUCGUGGCCGUACUAUGCCUCGGACGCGCGCUUCACUCAACUCAAAGCCGAGUCUCUGGCGGCCGCUGAGCGUGAAGGUCACGUUCCCAAAGCCGCAACGUCUGCGGGCAAUGCCUUCCGGGCAGCCAAGACGGACGAGGAGGCCAUGGCGAUUGCGGGCCAGGGCAUUCUCCAGAAGCUGUCGGAUGUGUUGACGAUUGAUGUGGCCAACCUGGACGCGACGAGGAACAUUACGAGUUACGGGUUGGAUUCCUUGACGGCCAUCGAGUUGAGGAACUGGAUUGCCAAGGAGUUACGGGCCAAUUUGCAGAUCUUGGAGCUGUUGAGCAGCGGGACGGUGAAUGAUUUGGCGGCGAUUAUUGUGCAAAAGACGAGGGCCGGAACAUGAUUUGUAUGCUCGGGGCGUCUUUGAUUAUACAGCAUGAAGGUCUGGAAUUGAUGUUGCAUUCAGUGAUAGUACGGUAUGGGAGGACAUGUCAUGAUACCACUCAGGAAUAGACUGCCGACGGAUUUCGUUCUCUCGGCAGUCGCUUCACAGAAACCAGUAUGUCGGCCAUUGGUGUUUGUUUGGUCGGUGGAUGGUCAAGUUAUAGAGCUGGGUGAAAGCGAUGUUAUUAUUGUAGGGUUCUAGUCAGAAUGGCGACACAUUUCAUUUUUCGUCGGUUGCCUGG